AUGUCGUCCCUACCCAAAAGCGGCCUCCUGGCUGUCCUGACGGCUUCCUCGGGGGUCGUCACUCAGGCGGUCGAUCCCAAGUGGUACCCUCCGAGCAGUAACCAAAUAAAUAACCUCACCGGUGUGCUUCACGGUGAGGGGAUUUACGGCUUCAUAUACAACACUUCACAUACGCCUGAUGACAAGUAUGGCGUUUACAACUGGUGCAACAUGCCUCAUGCUCGCAAGAAGGAGUAUGUGAAGCCUUCUGAUGAUCAUGAAUUAAUAUACGUCGAGGUGAUUCAAAGACACCACAAACGCACACCAUAUGCAGCCAACGCUUUCCCUGUCGAAUCAUACCGAUGGGACUGCAACAACCAAGGUCUAUACUACUUUGGCAAACCCUUCGAUGAGGGACAUAACCCCCCUGCUCAAGGAUACUGGUCAGGCUUCACCUCCGACAUCAACCCCUUCACCCCAUACGGGUUUGUUGGAUCAUGCCAGUUCCCUCAGAUCAGCGCUGGAGGUCUAGACGACUCCUGGGUCCACGGCAAGGACCUGUAUGAAGUUUACCAUGAUCUACUUCACUUUAUUCCAGGCCGUGAUGAGGACUGGCGCAGCAAGGUCAAGUUCAGAGUCACCAACAACCAAAUCACAAGCCAAGUCGCUGGCAUGUUCCUCAACGGCAUGUGGCAAACAACAGACUCUGUCCCCCUACUUAUCCAGCAAGCAGACAUCGACAGUCUAGAACCCCGAUACAGCUGUGCCGUUGGAAAGAAGUUGACCAAUGCCAUCAUGUCACCAUCCAACCGUGAGUGGCAGAAGCACUUGACCGAGGGACAGAGUCUUUUCGAUACGUUGGACGAUAUUUCAGGUGUUCCCAAAGACGAUCAGAGCUUCCACGUCAGUUUCGACCAUUACUACGAUAACUUGUCUGCCCGACAAUGUCACGACAAGCCUCUGCCAUGCAAGCUCGUUGACGGCAAGAACUCUUCAACCUGCGUUGAUCAAGAGCUCGCAGAAGCCGUCUUCCGCAUGGGACAGUGGGAAUAUUCACAAAUGUACCGCGACGCGCCUGCAUCCCUCGCCGCCUCCUUUACGUCGUACGGCGUCUGGAUUGCCGAGCUGGCAAGUCAUCUCCGUGGGGUCAUGGCCGGUAACAGAGAAACCCUCUACUUGCACAACUUUGCCCACGACGGGCCUAUGAGCCGAGUCCUCAGCAUCCUCCAGAUCGAUGUUAUGGUCUGGCCCGGUAUGGGCAGCGAGAUUGUGUUUGAGCUGUACAAGAAGGGUUCUUCAAAGUCAAGAGAUGAGAGCAACUCAAGUGGCGAGCCUGGAUAUUAUGUGCGAGUUCUGUUUGGUGGCAAGCCGUUGAAGUCAUCGAACCCUAACUUGGGCCUGAUGGAGAUGGUGCCUGUUGAAACUCUCCUCGCAUACUUUGAUGGUCUGACUGGCAAGGAUGGCAAUGAAGUGAAGGGCAAGUGUGAUGGUUCCAUCCCAACUUGA